UGUGACGUCCAUGUCCCAGACAGACUGUAUCCGGCCCAUGAUGGUGGCCAUGCGAGCGCGGCCGGACAUGAUCGGUGUCGCCUGCGAGACCUUCUUCAGGAUGUUUGAGAAGGACCAGACGGACCUAGUCAAGCAGGCUAUUGAAGCAGAGCUGGUGCAGUACCUGUUGAGGCUGCUAGAUGGCGGGCUUGAGCAGGUGGAGAACCCAGCAGGCACCAAGGCCCAGAUAGUCAAGUCCCUGAAGGCAAUGACAAGAAGUUUGGAGUACGGGGAACAGGUGCAAAGUGUCCUUGACAAGUCGACCGUCUGGACGUCAUACAGAGACCAGAAACACGACCUGUUCAUCUCACAGACGGCCACAGCUGGAUACCUCACAGGUGGUGAGAAAGAACAAGUCACGUCCUCUAAAGCUGGCCCGAGUGUUGCCGGGUACCUGACGGCCGGGACCAGCGCCGCCAUGCCCGACAAACCGCCCCCCAUGGUGCGGGACGAGGACCUCCAGGGCGAGUAACCACGGCGAUGGCCAGUUACCAUGGCAACAUGAUGUAGCAGCAACUAUGGCAACAUGCCAGUAGUCAUGGCAACCAAGCAGCAGCCAUGGCAACAUGCCAGUAACCUUGGCAAAUGGACCAGUAACCAUGGUGAUCUCCUGGUAACCAUGGGGAUCUGGCAACCAUGGCAACACUGGUAGCCAUGGCAACAUAGAUGUAGCUAUGGCAACAACCCCUGUGUAAUGACUGCAGGCAGACAUGUACAUUUUAAACCUUCCCUGUGGAGAAGCCUGAUGAAGAUGACGUAUUAGAUGUUUUCUGGCUAGGUUACUGUGAAAAUGAACUUUUUCUUCACAUGAAGUUGUCAUUAUUCAAGUUUCCUUUAUUUGUUGGCCUUCAGUAGUGACAGUGAUUAAACUGUAGCCUCCAUUAGGCAUUCCUGAGGAAAAAGUGGAAACAACCGAACAAUGAUCAUCGUAGUAGCAUCGACUGUGUUUUUGUAGGCUGCUCAAAUAUCCAAUGCAUUAUAUAUCAUGCCUUUUGUUUUAUCAUGGACAUACAUUUAGCUCGUGUCCAAACUUUGACUUCAAUGAUAUCACAGAGACAUGAAUAAAAGUUAACAGCCCAGUGCAUGGUCAUAGAUGCAUAAUACUAUUAAUAGUAUUAUAAUACUAUUAUUAACAAUGUCAGUAAACAGUGCUCUGAGGUAUGUGCCAUAUGUGUAUCAAAGAGCAACUGAGAAUAAGCAAUGGAUGCUACCAGAGCUUUGAAACAUGCAUGUGAGCACUAAUUUGUAGGCUUACCAAUAACAUAACAACAUAAAGUACUAAAAUCAUAAAACUGAUACAAAGAAAAGUAGGUAAAAUGCUUUCUAUGGCUUUGACAGACUCAGAGAACAUUGCCGCUUUCUUUGCCAAGUCCCUGCAAUACCUGUAGUGCAAUGGCUGUUCUUAUGGGGAACAGAGAAGUAACAAGUUUACUCCUAAAGUAUGUUCCAUUGCGAUAUGAAUAAAAGCUUUAAUGUACUGUGAACCUUUUUUUUCAUAAAACCCCAGAGAAAAUCAUAAACAGACUGAAUAGGGAAUACUGUAUUAGAGCUCAGCAUAGUGGAAGUCAAAGAAAUUCAAUGGUUAAAAUAGACAUUUGUUACAACGUCGUUUUGUAUUAAGUUUCACAAUGUGUUAGUUCAUUUAUAAAGUUCAUAAAAGGCAACUUCAUGAGUAUCUGUAUUUGAGGGCUUAUCCGUGUUAAUAGCUGUGAUUACAUUAAGUGACCAGAAUUCAAAGGACAAAUGUAAGAACUGUGGAACAAAAUUUGAUCAAAGGAGGCAACAUGAUUUUAGAGAGCCUCUAUUAUAGAAGAGCCAAGUGUUAACCAAUGUAUUGUGGGAUAUCAGCUAUUCUAAGUCUAACAGUGUGCCUCAUGACAAUAUUGCAACAUAUUAAUUACUAAGAAAUAUUAAUUACUAAUUACUAGUAAGCCAGCAUAGCGUUCGACAGUUAUGAAACAUGGCUUGGAUGAUGAAACAUAUAGAUGGUAAGUCAUACAUGUAGUUGUAUGAGCUGUAGCUGGAGAUGUAUAGGGCUAAAGCAGCAGAUACUUAGUCAACAUUUUUGUUUGUUAAUUCUAUUGAAGAAAAUGAUGGUCCAUGUUUUGUGAAAAAGAAGAUUUCAUGUUGAUUACUUGAGAAGAUAGAAAUUUGUAUAUUGUAAAAAGAAGAUGUCGAUUAAAAUGCUUAUAAAAUGUGUGAUUCUGUUGAAUUCCAUGUUAUAAUUUGCCAAAAUUAAAAACAGAUGUACAAGUUGUAUUCAAUGUUUGUUACAUGUUUUCAUUAUGAUCAUUACACAGAUAUAGAAUAUCCAGUAAAGAACAUGCAUUUCAAAAAAGAAUGCAAAAUACCAUGGCAACAGGAUUGAAGCUCUUCAUUUGGUUCUUCCUUUUUUGAUAACUCUUUAACUAACUAACUUGUUUUUGUAUCUGCUCAGUUACAGAACAAUAUUAACAAGAAGAUUACUAACAAGAAAAGUGACUGGACUGAAACAAGCUUCAGCAUGCAAGCAUCUUAAAGUAUAUUAAUACUUGUAUGCUAUUAUUAGCAAAAGACCAAGAAAACCAGGUAAUUGAUUAAUGUCUAGAUGUGUACAUGAUGUACACAUCACAUUGCAAUGUUCUAUCUGCCUGUAUUGUACAAAUGUUAUAUUCCAGCCUGUAGUACUGACCAUGUUGAAUUUAUCUGAAAGUCAUUCUGCAUUCCUGGUGACCAGAAAGGCAGAUUUUGUACAAGAGCACAAAGUUAUGAUUGUGUUACGUUUAGAAAAGAAAAAAAAUGGCCUGGGGCUGACCAAGUGGGAUCACAGGGUGUGGUUGAUGGAAAUAAAAACCUGAAAAAAUGUCCUAAAGAAAGAAAUGACAAAAGAAUUAUGGAAACUGUAACCCUUUUUGUUUGCACCACAACCUUAUGCACCUUGUGAUCCUUUUUGGUCCAUUUCUAAGCCAGAAAAAUGAUGUAAUUAUACACAUGUAUUGAAGUUUCAUAGAUUUAGUUGUUUUGCUUAUACAUGUUUGUUGUAAUGAAGCUUGCAGCAGACAACGUGUAAUUCUUAAAAUGUAAGGACUUGGUCAUAUAGAAGUGUCAGAGAACUGAGUACUGAUUUGAUGAUGAUGAUUCCAUGUGAGCUAUUUGUAGGAUUGUACAAAAAUGAUGAAAUAAAUGUACAUUUGCAAGUCGAAGACUGCCAAGUUAGGCAGAAGUGGUUUGUGAUUGUUACAGCACAUAUUGGUGGCCUAGACUAACGGCCACAUCGAUUCACUAAAUAUUUUCAAACAGGACUAAACACAAACACAAACAAGGACAUAAAAAGAGGACUUUUCACUGGUUUUAUUCAGUAUUCAGUCAAUACAUCUCUUACUACUUAUGAUAGUUGAAUGCCACUUCUUCAUACAAAAUGAUGCAUUUUCUCAUAACUAUUAAAUCAAUUCUCAUGGAUAAAUAUGCUACUAUAUUCAGCGGUUACCCAAAACCCACCUUCCUUUUAUCAGUUACUUUAUACCUGAUGGAUACACAUAUCCAUCAUGCUUUGUAAUUAUGCAAGUAGAAUCACUGCAGUUUAAAUGUGGUCUUCCUUUUCUGCUAACUAUUCAUAUAAGUAUAGAAUAAUCAUGGUAAAAUUCAAUAUUAUAGGUCUUUGCAGAGAGAUUUGAUGAGAAACACACACCGACUCUGUGUCACCUUUGGCAAUUCAGUCACUUUUUCCUUUACCAAAAUUUACAGAAUGCAUACCAAAUUUUCUCUUGUGAUUUUCAUUCAGAUGAAGUAUAAAUUGUUACAAGGGCCCAUGUCAAUUCACAUUUCUACCACCAGCAAUCAUGGUACAAAGACUGUAUUUUCCAAGUUUCUUUGCUAAUCUGACUGGUUCUUAGACCCCAAAGCUACACUACCAGGGCAAGAAAUACCAACUUCAACCUGAAAUAGGCAGGAUGGAGCUUUUACUGCAG